AUGGCCAAGUAAGCUUCCUAUACGCCCGACAUGUUGUGCACAGUUGGACUCUCCCUCCAAGCAACUGACAUCCUUCCUGGCCCCCUAUCUUGCCCCACUCACCUCGUUCCGCCCCCUCCGUUCCGUUCCGUUCCCUCAGAUCCCCCAGUCCCCGUCGCGUAGCGAUAGCUCUCAUAAUCCAUCGUCCCAAAGCUCAAGAUAGGCCUCAUUUCCUCAUCGUCUCAUCGCGCAAACACGCCGAUCGUUGGGUCCUCCCCAAAGGCGGCAUCGAGAGCAGUGGUGGCUCGUCCGAAAGUGGGGUCGAGAGUGCGGAGGAGGCGGCGAGGAGGGAGGCUUGGGAGGAAGGUACUAGGCCUUUUCACAGCGUCUGCAUGGCUGUCGAGGUACUUUGCUGACGCUUUUUGGUUUCGUUUUCCGACCCGAAUCAGCGGGCUUGAUUCAGAACUCUUCCAUACACCUUUCCCAUCUCGUCGUGCUCCCCGAUCAAAAACCUCACAAAGCGUCACCGUCUCAAGACCCUUCCGAGAGCGGCUUUAUCCCCUCGACAACGUACUCGUUCGAACUCUUCUCCGUCACGAGUAUGGAUUCGACUGUUCUGGCAGAGGAAUGGCCGGAGAAGCAAGAGAGGAAAAGACGAUGGGUUCAAGGGUGGUCGGAGUUGAAGGAGGUGUUGUGUUGGGGAAGACGGGACGAUGUGAUGCGAGAAGCUUUGGGAUUGGCAAAGGCCAAGUUGGGAUGA